CUGCGCCCAGUAUCAAAAUUAAAUUUUAAAAAUAGUACUGGUUUUAGCGAUAUUAAGUGUAAUGCCAAUUGUAUGUGGCACUGAAAUGAAGCAAAAAAGAUGAGUGGUAAAUUAGCUCCAAGUAAAAGUACAAUUUAUGUCGGAAAUCUUCCAUUUUCACUGACAAACAACGAUUUGCAUAAAAUAUUUGAAAAAUAUGGAAAAGUGGUGAAAGUGACAAUAGUUAAAGACAAGAUUAGUCAUGUCAGUAAAGGAGUUGCUUUUAUACUUUUCUUGGAAAGAGAAUCUGCGUGGAAAGCAGUUAGAGCCCUAAAUAAAACAGAGAUGUUUGGAAGAACAUUGAAGUGUAGCAUUGCUAAAGACAAUGGCAGAGCCACUGAAUUCAUUAGAAGAAAAGAAUACACAGACAAGUCAACCUGUUAUGAGUGUGGGGAGGAAGGCCACCUCAGCUAUAAAUGUCCUAAGAAUCUACUUGGGGAGAGAGAAAAACCAAAGAAAAAAACAAAGAAGGACAAGGAAAGGGAAAGAGAAGAAGCAUAUGAAAAAUUCCAUAACACAGGGGAGAGUGAUAGUGACCAGGGGGAAGACCCAAAGGAAGACAGCUUAUCUGCAGCUAUACAGUUUCAGCAAGAAAAGAUGGCAGCAGAGUACCAAGCUGCAGUUGCUAGUGGAAGUUUUUCUCUUGAAUCAGACGAACCAAAAAAGAAACGUUUCAAAAAAGAUGGAUAUUUUAGUGACGAAGAGGAAUUUGGAGACGACUGAUGGAACACAUGGAUAAAUUAUUACCUAAGUUGAGCAAUUUGGAGAUAAUGGAUUGUCACACUUUCAGUUUUUAUUGAUAUAUCAGCCAAUGACAUUCCAGUGCUUGACUUUCAAGUAUGCUUGACUCAAGAAUGGAUUCUUCAGCUUCGUUCAACUGACAAUGAGAAUGCCCGUCUCUGCUUCAAGUGAAUGUAGAGGUCUAGAAACAGUAGACAGUCGUGAAGAGUGAAUCUUUAUCAGGUGUGCUUAAAUGCAGGUUAAAAGAACAAAAUGGUCGCCAUUUUUUGACAAGUCUUAAUGUCUUUGCUUAUUUUUUCAUUUCUGGCCAUAAUUAUGAUUAUUUUAAGCAGAAAUUGUAAAAGCCACGUUUCAUUUUAUAAUAUAUUUAUUCGAUGUUUAUCAAGCUGUACCCCAGUGAUAAGAAAAAAGGAAGUUUCCAUUGGUUUUAAGAAUAUGGCUACAAGUGUGGACAUACCCAAAUCAAAGGCAUUUUUGAGCUGAUUUCAAAAAGUGUAUUGCUUUUCUGAUUUAUCUUGGAGCUCUCUUACUAAAGUCUGAUAGUAUGGAUUUUGUACUAAAUGGAAAAUAACAUUAUGAAUUGAAAGCAUUAUAGUCAUUCAGUCAUUAUGAUUCAUGUCUCAGAAAAUCAUGAAAAUCCAACAUGGAUGUCACAGUCUAAAUAUGGGGAAAUAUGUGCCAUUUUUGAGGUUUUCCUGGCUUGUAUAUAUUGGCUUUAUUGUACUUAAAUCGAAGAUAUUUUAGGGUUAAAAGGGUAC